AUGAUGCGCAUGGGGGAGUGGACAAUGGACGGCUUUGUCACUCGCACCUCUGCUGCGGACUAUGUCAUCGGUGAUGUGUGGCGAAAUGGGACCUGGACGGGAAGCCUUUGCGACACUGACAGUGAUUGGUCCGUUCUGAAAGGCUGCGAAAGCUCAUGA